CCGACGUAACAACUACAUCCGGGUGACUGUGGUGACCUUCAUUGGUUGAUCAUCAUGGCGGCUAUCGUCAGGUUGAGUUCUGUGUGUCGCAGAGGAGUCAAACCCCUGUUCUACCAAAGCACUUUGUUGGCCAGGCCGCUGGUUGUACCGCACAAAUACCAGGAGCAGCCGUACCAGCUGACAGCAAGGAUCCAUGCGUCACAGGCUCUGUACGCGGGCUCUGGCUCCAAAGCCGCCUCUCUGCACUGGACAGCAGAGAGGGUGCUGAGCAUCCUGCUGCUGGCCAUGGGACCUGUAGCCUAUUUCCACCCCGGCCCUGCCAUUGACUACUCGCUGGCUGCUGCGCUGACCCUGCAUGGACACUGGGGUAUCGGGCAAGUGCUCACAGACUACGUUCACGGGGACGCAAAGAUCAAGAUGGCCAACACGGGUCUCUUCCUCCUGUCCACGGUCACCUUCGCUGGUCUUUGCUACUUCAACUACAACGACGUGGGCAUCUGCAAAGCCAUCGCCCUGCUCUGGAGCAAAUGAAUCUAACUGUGGACUGUAAGCUCGGGAGGACCUAGACACUGGGAUGGGAGCAGUCUCGUCCCGGCUGAUUGUAAAAAUUCAAGGUGUUUUAUGUAAAUUCUUAUAAAUAUAUCAUUUUCGACAACAUCACGGUGAUUCACAAGAGUGUAAUUGUAGUUAAUGUCCAUCAUUUCAGGCUUGGUGUCUAUAUGAAUUUCUUGCUCAUCCACUGGCCUCCAUUUUCUCUUCGAUGUGGGAGAUUAGCUUCUGUUAAAGUUCAACGUGGACUAAAUCUAAGCUGCGUCACCCUGUAGGUUCUGAUCUCAAGCAACACCAUGUCUGGUUACUUAAAAUGUCACUCCCAAUUCUAUGAAUGAUAUAUAUCCAACAUCCUGGCAUGUAAUUGUUAUAUUUUCUGGGGAUGUUCAUUUUAAACAAAACAGAUUUUACAGGAUGUUGCAGUUCGAUGUGUAAUUUAUUUUGUAUUUCAUGUCCAGGUCCUUUUUGUGGCUGAUCUUAAAUGUAUUUUUGUUUCAAUCACAACGUGUACAUACUGCCUCUUGUUCGUAAACCCAUCAGGAAUAACAGGGCAGCACUCCAGAUCUGAGCAGUGUUUGUAUGUUCACAUCACCCUCCACACUAAGCUCCCUCCCCUCAGUGUACAAAUGAUUCACCUGGUAAUCGUGUCACUCGGCUUGGGCAUACUUGACUGCACCUUGACUGACAGGAUGCUGUCGGCAGGUGUGAAACUGUUGUUUAACCUGUCAGUCAAGUGUGCGGUGCUGUGGUCUGUGCAGAGAGCAGACUGCAUUUGCUUGUACUGGCAUGUUUAAUCCAGGAGGGGAUCUGCUCUGCUGCUCUAUAGAAGUUUCAGUGAAGGUAAGGUACGCUAGAUCUGAAGUGCAUCAUAAACUCAAGCCAUCUAGCAAUACUCAAACCUGCCUGUGCAACUCCAGCACAGUGGCUGAUGAAGUCUGGCAGCGUGCAAACUCUUGCCAGCUAACAGUGUUUAAUCCACAGCAGGGUCUGACAUUAACAGCUGCAGAAUGCCGUCCUCUGCCAAUAAAAUAUCACUCAAGACAGUCAUAGUGACGUCUCUGUAACAUAAUGAGUUGUGUUGUACUUCAUGUAUGGAUAACAAACUCCUUCCACUGUGUGAGUGAGUUAACAAAUUAAAAAAGACACAUUUGGAAAGUAUUUAAAAAUGUACAUUUAUUUUGACCAUGUAAAACGUUCUUUUUCUUAAGUUUAUUACCUCUUGGCAAAAAGGCAAACACUUAAAGGCACUGUAUAAGGUUCAAUAUGGCUGGCUUAUCAAAACUGGUUGUUGUUAUGUCAUCUUCAGGGUUCCCACGGUCAUGGGAUUUCAUUUUCCAGGCGUGGAAAAGUCAUGGAAUUGGUGAAAAUCAUUGAAAGUUUUGGAGAACACAUUGAAUUUGUUGUUUGUAAUGGAAUUAAUUGUUAUGGUAAUCUUCCAGGGAUAACUUUCCACAUAAUGUAACAUAAAUGUAAAUAUAUUUUCUGUCAGUUAGCCGUUGACAUAAUGUAGCUCUAAUAUUAGGGCUGCAGGAUAUAUCAUUUAAGCAUCGAAGGUCGUGCAGUGUCAAGUAAGGCAAAUAAAGUCAAUUUAUUCUAUGCUUGAUACAAAUGGAAAACCUGCACAGUUCUCAUUUUCCACGACUUAAACCAACCAAGCCUGCUUUUAGACAUUACAUGUAUAUGUGACGUAGUGUGGUGGCGUUUGUUAAGGGAAAUGAGACUUUCCUGUGCAUGCGUGUGUGUAGUGAAGCACCGUAACCAGGCCAACAAGUGCAGCAAACACAGUGAAGUGCAUGGAAAGUUUUGAAAUGAGCAUGAACAUGCGGGAACCCUGAAUCUUAGAUCAUUUACUCAUAGCUUACAUUUAGUGUACACACGCGCAGUCCUUGCAUGCAGCUACCAAUACCAGCAGUUAUUUUUGUACAGCUGGAAGGGGCGUUACAGAUUGAGUUAAUGGCUGUAAAAAGCUGAGCUCUGGAUUCAGUCUGUCUCAGUGCUGAGUCAGGAAAUGUUUUUGAGGGCUUAUAAGUUUGUGUUGGUCAGGUUGCUUCUUACAGCAAUUGUCAAUUUGUAAUUUCUGUUCAAUUAAUGUCUUCAGAUUAUACGCACAAGAUGAGGUGUGGGAAGAGAGAGUGCACUGUUCCUGCCUCAGCGGAAUAAAGUUGGCUUUACAGAUGUUUUCA